AUGAUGAGUCGAAAUCAAAUAGGAUCUGAACCAGUUACGUCGAAUUCUCAACAGACAUCAACUGAUCAAUCAACAUUGUUAAGAAAAUGUUUUGAAAAAAAGAAAUUCUCAUGGAUCAUUAUUGGUAUUAUCUUUGUUAUUUUGAGUGUGACUAUUCCAAUCGUGAUUAUUAAAACAAAAACAAUAAACAUAACAAAACUAUCAACUGCACCAAUAGAAACAACAAACAUGAUAAGCCUAUCAACUGUGACAUCAGAAACAACAACAGCAGACAAUCCAACGACAGAAGUAAAAAGCAAGCCAAAAUACAACAAAUGGAAACAAUAUGGAAUUACUAUUGCUGGAGGAAAUGGAAAUGGAGAUCAAUUAAAUCAACUCAUUAUCCCUAGUAAGAUCUAUAUCGAUGAUAACCAAGCUAUUUUGAUUGCUGAUACUGGGAACCAUCGUAUUAUUGAAUGGAAAUAUAAUUCGAACAAUGGUGAAGUCAUCGCAGGUGGAAACGGACAAGGAAAAAACCUGGAUCAAUUCGAAAGGCCAAACGACGUAACUGUUGACAAAGAGAAGAAUGCAAUAAUCAUAUGUGAUCAUGGAAACUAUCGGGUAAUGCGAUGGUUCCGUCAAAGUCGAACAAAUCCACAAAUUUUCAUUUCCAAUAUUUACUGUAACGGUGUGGCAAUAGACAAAGAUGGAUUUAUUUAUGUUUCUGAUCACGCAAAGUAUGAAGUGAGACGAUGGAAAGAAGGAGACACAGUUGGAACAUUAGUUGCAGGUGGAAAUAGUAACGGAGAACAUCUAGAUCAAUUCGAGGGACCUAGCAUAAUCUUCGUCGAUAAAGAGUAUUCUAUUUAUGUAUCCGAGACUGGAAAUAAUCGUAUUAGCAAAUGGAAAAAAGAUGCAAAAGAAGGUAUUGUUGUUGCAGGCGGGAAUGGACGAGGAAGCGGUCUCAACCAAUUAGCUCAGCCUCUUGGAAUGAUUGUUGAUAAUUUGGGCCAAAUCUUUAUUGCAGACUUUUUGAAUUGUCGAAUUAUGCGUUGGAGUGAAGGAGAUACAAAUGGUUCAGUUGUUGUUGGUGGAAAUGGUGCAGGAAAUGAACGAUAUCAAUUAAAUUAUCCCACAGGUCUAUCAUUUGAUGUUGAAGGAAAUCUUUAUGUUGCUGAUGGUGGUAAUCAUCGAAUUCAAAAAUAUGAACUAUGUAUUGAAUAA